UUUAUUUAUUUUAUUAUUAUUAUUAUUAUAACUUUUUAAGUGUAAUUACAAAUAUGACGUUAAUUCCGAAAAAGAAUGAAGUAUAUAAAGAUGUAGAAUAUUGGAAUAAGAGGUACGAAUUGGAAGAAAAUAACGACUGGCUCCUGCAUUACGAUUCACUCUCUCAUUUAAUCACUCAAUAUGUUAAGUUUACAGAUAAAAUAUUAAUGUUAGGUUGUGGCAACAGUUUAUUGAGUGAAAGGAUGUUUAAAGAAGGGUUUAAUGACAUUACGAAUAUAGAUUAUUCUAAUGUUGUUAUUGAUAAGAUGAAGAACCAUUGUUCAGCUUGUUCCGAAAUGAAAUGGUUAUGUAUGGAUGCUAAAGGAUUAAAGUUUCCUGAUAAAGAUUUUGAUGUGGUGAUAGAAAAAGCCACAAUUGAUUCGAUGAUGGUCGAGGAAAAGGAUCCGUGGAAUAUUUCUCAAUCGACUGCUAACGAUAUCGAUUUAGUUCUUAGUGAGGUAUAUUUUCAGUUAUAUUCGUAUUUAAAAUUCAUACUUUGUAAAAUAUACAGGUAACCCCCGUAUAACACGGCACUUCUUUAGCACGGAUUCGCUCUAACGUGGUUCGAGA